AUGGCGACCGUUCCGGAAACAGCCCGGGACACGUCCCUCGACAUUCGCGUAGAGGACUUCCUCGACGACAAGCUCCAAUCGACAGCCGACCUCGACACCCUGGACGAGCUGCUGGCCAGCGUCGACUCGCAGUGCACGCAGCUCCGGUCGCAGCUUGACGAUGCCGCCAAGGAGCUCGAGGAGGCGCGCAACACGGCGCAAAACCGCCAUGGGUCGCUGCAGGCGCGCAUCGACGAGUUCAAUAAGCUUCAAGAGAGCAUCGACGUGCGCGUCAAGAUCGCCGCCGCGUCGGACGCCCCUAGCGAGGCAAUCGCCCGCCUGCAAAAGCCCAUGAAGAAGCUCCAGACCGUCGAGCUCGCUCAGAAAUACCUGGUCCUGCUGCAGGAUGUGGAGAGGCUGCGCGCCGAGGCGCGCUCGCGUCUGCCGGGGGACCCCAAGGCGGCCCUGGAGCCGUACGCCCGGCUCAAGGAGGUUGCGCUGCGGCUCCGGUCCGCGCAGGGCCCUGAGCAGCUAUACCUCGUGGACCACGUCGAGAGCGUCACCGAAUCGCUAUGGGACGAAAUGAAAAAGACCAUGUCGGAGGAGUUAGACGCCGUGCUCGCCAAGAGACACUGGCCGCGGGUCGACCCAGACUCGGAAAUGGACGACGAGUGGCUGGCGUGCGUCGAGAAGCUCCUCGACCUGCAGAUGCCCGAGAUUGUGCACAGCUCAGACGUCGUGUCGCUGCUGCCCUUUGACGUCAUGGCACACAUGUUUGUGGCCGAGUUCCGCUUCCACUUUCUGAGCGACAAGCCCACGAGCAGCCUCCAGUCGGUGUCGACGCACUGCUUUCCCUGGUUCCUGACGACAAUUGAAAAGUGGGAGGACUUCUUCCGGGACAACCUGGGCCACCUGCUGGCGGCCAAGUUUCACAACACGCCCGCCGCCUCGAGGCUAGUCUACUUGGACCCGGUCUGCGCGCUUGUGACGGCCAUGCUGCCAGUCAUGCGGGAAAAGGUGCGCAGCGUUGUGGACGAGGCAAUCAAGAGCCCCGCGUUCUUCAGUACCUUCAUGUCGCAGCUCAUGACCCUUGACGACAACAUCCGGUCGCGGUUCAAUUACGACGGAGGUGAUCCCGAGAACGGCUGGCCCGGCCUGGCUGCUGAAGUCUUGGCCGACCACUUCGACGCCUGGUUCAAGAUGGAGCGAGAUUUCGCCAUCGAGCGCUUCGAAAAGCUGCUCGAGUCGCAGGAUGCACGAAAAAUUGACUACGACUACGCCGUCGACGGGAAGAUGAAGCCGACCUUUGCCGCCGUGCGUGUCACGGACCUGCUUAGGGCGGUGACCACCAAGUACGAGCGGCUGCGCAGGCUCAAGCACAAGCUGAGAUUCCUCACGGAUAUCCAGCUCGACAUUCUGGACGGCUAUCACGAUCGGCUGCGCGGGUCGCUCGAGGCGUACCAGUCCAUCACGUCGACGCUGGGGCGGACGCUGCAUGGCGCGACGAGGGAGCAGCUCACGGCUCUGGAGGGCACGGGCGCCCUGGAGACGCUUUGCAAGGUGAUUGGAAGCGCGGAUCACGUCGCAAACACCCUGAGCGAAUGGAGUGAUGAGGAGUUCUUCGCCACUCUGUGGGAGGAGCUGCAAGCCCGUGACACCAAACGGAAGCGGUUGAGUGGGAUGAGCGAGGCAUCGGAGCACGACGGCGCGCUGAACCGUGUGUCCAGCAACCUCGGACAAGGGAGCGAAGACAGCGGCAUCUUUGACGAGACGGUCGCGGCGUACACCAUGCGACGCAAGGGCGCCGAGCAAUUGCUCGUCGGCGCCUUGGCCGAGUCCCAUGUCAAGGCCUUGAGAUCAUAUCUGCACCACGUUCAGUGGACGACGGUCGGGGAGACGGCCGUGCUUGACGAUCCAUCGCAACUCUCCAUCACGCCGGAGCUCGACGAGCCCCUGCGCAUCCUCAAGCGCAACCUAGACUUUCUGUCGCGGGCGCUGUCAACGGCCUCAUUCCGGCGCGUGUGGCACGAUGCGCUCGACAAACUGCAGGACACGCUGUGGAACGGCGUGCUGCUCAAGCAGUCCUUCACGACGCUCGGCGCGGCGCAGUUUGCGCACGACGGAGCCGCCAUCUUCGCGCUCGUGGACCGGUACAUCCCCGGCGGGUCGGCGGCGCUCGAGGCGUUGCGCGAGGGCAUGCGGCUGCUCAACCUCCCCGCGUCGGCGGACCCCGCCGCGGACGGGGAAGGCGCGCCGGCCGGCACCAUCACGCUCAAGGACGCCAGCGACCGGGCCUUUACCGACAACGACGCGGCGCGCAAGGUGCUCGAGGAGCUCGGGCUCGAGGCGCUGACGCCGCUCAACGCGCGGCACAUUCUGCAGCGGCGCGUCGAGAAUAACGAGAACAUUGGGUGGUAG